UUUCACAAUUAUUUAUCAUACAAACAACAAGAAUUCAGGAGGGUCCAAUCCGGAAGAAAUUGGAGGAACAAAAGUUGAAUCAAACCUUUUUCAGAUCCUAAAUCGGAAACAGUUUUUGUUGAAAACAAUCUAUCAUAGUACAAAUAAAGAUUAGUUGCAUAUCUUGGUGAUGUGGCCAAUACAUAUCCUUUUAAACAAGCUGCUAAAACUCGAAGGAGAUAAUGUUUGUGACGAGGACGGUUAUUUGAGAUCGGUUGAAUCGUACGAUUUCGAACGCUCGCUGAAAAGUGGGAAUGUUAACAAGGCGGUUUUGGGCCGGUCGCACUUUGUUGAAGUUCCGCAUAUAAAACAGUUACGGUCUUGGGAUUGUGGUCUUGCUUGUGUUCUUAUGGUUUUGAGAACACUUGGUCUUGACCAGUAUGAUCUUCAAGAUCUGGAAGAGAUUUGUCGUACGACUAGCAUAUGGACCGUAGAUCUUGCAUAUUUAUUGCAAAAGCUUUCUAUUAGAUUCUCAUUCUUCACCGUAACAUUAGGUGCUAAUCCAGAUUUUUCAAUGGAGAAGUUUUACAAGGAGCAAUUGGCUAACGAUAUAUGCAGAGUAGAUAUGCUAUUUCAAAGAUCAGUAGAAGAGGGAAUCAAAAUCGAGCAAAGGUCGAUUAAGGGAGAAGAAAUCGUCUUUUUUAUCUUGUCGGGGAAAUAUAUUGUGAUCGCUUUAGUCGACCAGUGCAUUUUGAGUCAACCUUGGAAGGAGGAUGUUCGUAUGCCACGUUUUUAUACUGGCACCGCAGCGUAUACUGGUCAUUAUGUUAUUAUAUGUGGCUAUGAUGCUCAUACUGACGAAUUUGAGAUCCGAGAUCCAGCCAGCUCUAGGAAAAGUGAUAGGAUCUCAUCAAAAUGCUUGGAAGAAGCUCGCAAAUCCUACGGCACCGAUGAAGAUAUUCUCCUGAUGUCACUGGUGAAUACCGAUGACUAAAUCGGGCAUUAUGAUUAAAAGUUUAUUUACGGAUCAUUAGCCUGGCAAUACCUGUCUACUACUUCACGGCGUACAGUUUCUUGUUUGAUAUUUAGUCGUUCGACUCCAUUUGCACAUUGUAAAAAUAAGUGCAAUGGUUAAUUCGUGAUGGUUUAUAGAAAGAUUUACUACAAUGUGUUGAUGUUAUGGUUGUAUCAUGUUGUAUUUCAAAAUUGUUGUACAUGAUCAAUUAGUGGUUAUGAAAUUUUAAGAAAUGCAAUAAAAUCCAUCAAAUGAUUAUAAUAAUAA